AUGACUAGUCGGGAAUUCACAGUUGGUGGUUAUGACUGGGUUGUAGUGUUUUAUCCAGAAGGUUAUUCGGAAUCUUGCGAGGAGUACAUAUCCUUGUUCCUUGGGUUAGUAAGCCCUAAAAAAGAAGUGAAGGCGUUGUGUGAACUUAAAUUACUUGACCAAACCGGAAAUGGGAUUCAUGGUAUUCGUGCCCGUUCUAUAUCUCCGAAAACUUAUAACAACGAUGACUCAUGGGGGUGCAUGGAGUAUAUGAAGAGGUCGGAGUUGGAGACGUCAAGUUAUCUCAAGGAUGAUUGUCUUAGCAUUCAUUGUACAGUUGAAGUAGUACAAGCUCGUGUUGAAGAGGACAAACAUUAUGUUAUCACUAUACCUCCAUCAGAUAUGAUUCAAAAUCUCCAGGAUUUGCUGGAAUCUGGAAUUGGUUUUGAUGUCACGUUUCAGGUUGGCAAUGAAUUCUUCAGAGCCCAUAAGUUGAUUCUUGCAGCUCGAUCUCCGGUAUUCAGAGCUAUGUUUUUUGGAUCAGUGGGUAAUCCAGACAUGGAAACAGUAGCCAUUGAAGAGUUUGAUCCCUUUGCUUUUAAGGCCAUGUUGCUGUUUUUAUACUCAGAUGAACUUCCCGAGUUACAUGAAAAUUCUGAUUCAGACUCUCUUUCCACUUCAACUAUACUAAUGCAACAUCUGUUAGCUGCAGCAGAUCGUUUUGAUCUAGCUCGUUUAAGACUUAUGUGUGAGGAAAAAUUAUGUGAAGGAAUUACAGUAAAUACUGUGGCAACAACACUGGGCCUAGCAGAACAACACCAAUGCCUGCAACUGAAAACUUUUUGUCUGAACUUCGUAGCUAAAGCCAAAAAUUUGGAAGAGUUUAUGAAAUCUGAUGGGUUUGCAUAUUUGGAGAACAGUUGUCCCUCAUCAUUGGUUGAUCUGCUGAAGACUAGUGUAGUGGUGGAUAAAAAUAUUAAGUUAGUAAGCCCUAAAGAAGUUAAGGCAUUGUAUGAAUUUAAAUUACUGGACCAAACCGGAAAAGGGAUUCAUAGUCCUGGUGGCAGUUCUAAAUCUUCAAAAACGUUUAACAAAAAAGGCUGCUUAUGGGGACGUCGGCCGUAUAUGAAGAUCACGGAGUUUGAGGCGUCAAGUUACCUCAAGGAUGAUUGUCUUAGCAUUCAUUGUACAAUUGAAAUAGUGCAAGUUCAUGCUGUUAUUCCCGUACCUCCAUCAGACAUGGUUCAGAAUCUCAAGGGUUUGUUGGAAUCUGAACUUGGUUCCGAUGUUACGUUUCAGGUUGGAAAUGAAUUUUUCAGAGCCCAUAAGUCGAUUCUUGCAGCUCGAUCUCCCGUAUUCAGAGCUAUGUUUUUCGGAUUAGUGGGUAAUCCAGACAUGGAUAUAGUAGCCAUGAUCCGUUUUCCUUUAAGGUAA